AUGGGGCAACGAACUGAUCUUGGGUUUUCUGACUUGAAGUCGCAAAUGCCAUCUUUAGUAGACAUACCAGGGGAAGAAACAAAGAUUCUAGACUUUUGGAAGAGUCAUGAUGCAUUCAAAACGUCCUUGAAACACUCUUCCGGAAAACGUCGGUUCACAUUUUAUGAUGGCCCGCCAUUCGCCACAGGUCUACCACAUUAUGGCCAUCUGUUAGCUGGGACAAUAAAGGAUAUUGUAACACGUUACGCUCAUCAGAGAGGUCAUCAUGUUGAACGUAGGUUUGGAUGGGACUGUCAUGGAUUACCUGUGGAGUACGAAGUUGACAAAGAGCUUGGAAUUACGGGCCCCCAUGAUGUAGAAAAAAUGGGAGUAGCCUGCUACAAUGAUAAAUGUCGAGCAAUUGUCAUGCGUUACAGUUCUCAGUGGGAAAAAGUAACAAACCGCCUUGGUCGGUGGAUUGAUUUUGAAAAUGACUACAGGACUAUGUAUCCGUGGUUUAUGGAGUCUGUUUGGUGGGUCUUUAAACAACUGUAUGAUAAGGGUUUGGUGUACCGUGGUCUAAAAGUAAUGCCGUUCUCAACUGCAUGUUCAACCCCUCUUUCAAACUUUGAGGCAGGACAAAACUACAAAGACGUUCAAGACCCUGCUAUUAUUGUUAGCUUCCCAUUAGAUAAUGAUCCUGAAACUUCAAUGAUAGCUUGGACAACAACUCCUUGGACUCUUGUUAGCAACCUUGCUCUGUGCAUGCACCCUGAUAAAGAAUAUGUUAAGAUUUUGGAUACAUCCAAAAAUCGAAAAUUCAUUAUGAUGAAGGCUCGUCUUACAUCAGUAUAUAAACAAGAAAAUGAAUACAAAGUAUUAGAUACCUUCAAAGGAAGAUCCAUGGAAGGCCUAACAUAUCAACCACCAUUCAGUUACUUUAUACAUCUUAAAAAGGAACGAGGUGCAUUUCGUAUUUUAUGUGAUACCUAUGUAACAGAAGAUGUUGGUACUGGUGUUGUACACCAAGCUCCUUACUUUGGUGAGGAUGAUUUUCGUGUGUGUCUGAAAAACGGUAUUGUUGGGAAAGAUACACCGAUGAUUUGUCCUGUAAAUCCAAACGGUCGAUUCACUGAUGAAAUUAAAGAUUUUGCUGGGAUGUAUGUAAAAGAUGCGGAUAAGCUUAUUUGUCAGAAUUUGAAAAAAAAUGGCCGUUUAGUACAUCAAAGUACAAUUACUCACAGUUAUCCAUUUUGUUGGAGAUCAGAUACUCCAUUAAUAUACAAAGCUAUUCCUACUUGGUUUAUUCGUGUUGAACAAAUGAUUGAUCGACUGUUGGCUAACAAUGCAAAAUGUCUAUGGGUACCGGAUUUUGUACGUGAAGGUAGAUUUGCUAAUUGGCUACGUGAUGCACGUGAUUGGGCUGUGUCUAGAAAUCGUUUCUGGGGUACGCCAAUACCAAUAUGGACAAGUGAUGAUAUGGAAGAAGUGGUUUGUGUUGGUUCUAUUGAAGAAUUGAAACUAUUAUCUGGUAUAGAGGUUACGGAUUUACACAAAGAAUUUGUUGACCCAAUCACUAUUCCAUCGUCAACUGGACGAGGUGUUUUACAUCGUGUUUCUGAAGUAUUUGACUGUUGGUUUGAAUCAGGAUCCAUGCCGUAUGCCCAGAUACAUUAUCCAUUUGAGAAUACAACUGUAUUUCAAGAAGGUUUCCCAGCAGAUUUCAUCGCUGAAGGUAUUGACCAAACACGGGGCUGGUUUUAUACAUUAUUGGUAUUAUCCACUGCAUUAUUCGAUCAACCACCAUUUCGUAAUUUAAUUGUUAAUGGAAUAGUUUUAGCCGCCGAUGGACAGAAGAUGAGUAAACGUGCCAAAAACUAUCCAGAUCCAGUUGAAGUUAUAGAAAAACACGGUGCUGAUCCACUACGAUUAUAUUUAAUAAAUUCACCGGUGGUUCGAGCACAAAAUCUACGAUUCAGUGAAUCUGGUGUACAUGAGAUUGUAAAAGAUGUAUUUCUGCCAUGGUGUAAUGCAUUACGAUUUUUAAUUGAGUCAUCAAUCUUACCAUAUCAAAAAAUAACUCAUCAAUUAUUCAUUAUGAAAUCAGAUGAAUUCCCUUUGACAAAUAAUUUUAUGGAUCGUUGGAUUUUAUCAUUUACUCAAAGUCUAAUAUUGUUUGUACAUGAAGAACUUUCAGGUUAUCGUUUGUACACAGUGGUGCCGCGUUUAGUAAAAUUUAUUGAUCACCUUGUUAAUUGGUAUGUACGGAUGAAUCGUAAACGCUUAAAAGGAGAUGUUGUUGAAAAUCAAAAUGAUUGGAAAGCAGCUUUGCAUACCCUAUUGAAAGUAAUUUAUCAGAUUACAUGUUUAAUGUCACCUUUCACUCCAUUUAUAACUGAAUUUAUCUAUCAACAUAUCAAGGGUUAUCUUGAUUAUACUGAUAAUUUGAAAGACCAUAGUUCUCUUCUUCCUGGUUAUUCAUCUGAAACUGGUGCUCCCGAUUCCAUUCAUUACAUACAAGCCCCUGAACCAAAAUUAGAAUUGAUCUCAAAUGAAAUAGAAGAUAUUGUCUAUUGGAUGCAAUCUACCGUGGAAUUAGGUCGUAUAAUACGUACUCGUUGUAAUCUUCCUUUGAAAGCACCACUACGUGAAGCUAUUGUUAUUCAUUCAGAUCCGAAUAUUUUGAAAAAUAUCAAAUCUGCACAAACAUAUAUCAUUGAAGAGUUGAACGUUCGUGUUCUCACUACAACUAGUGAUAAACAUCGUUAUGGUGUUCAACUUCGUGGCGUAUUAAAUCAUAAAACAUUAGGUGCACGACUCAAAAAUGAUUAUAAAUCUGUUGUGAACAAGGUGAAAGAUAUGUCAACUGAAGAAUUGGAACAAUUUGUCAAUACUGGUCACAUAAUUGUUUGUGGGCAUGAAUUAUCCGGUGAUGACUUAUCAGUAGUAUAUUCGACUGGUAGUAGCAGUGGGUGUAGUGAUACACAAUCAUCUACAUCUGGAUUAAAACGUAAAUCUGGACAAUCAUCAUCAUCAUCAUCCUCCACAUUGGAUGGAAAUAGUCAAGUAAACUCAUCCAAAUAUGAAACAGCUUCAGAUGCUAAAGGUCUAUUGGUAAUAUUGGAUAUAACUCCAGAUGUUGAACUGGAAAAUGAACGUUUAGCUAGAGAACUUGUUAAUCGUAUACAACGAACACGUAAAAAGGCUGAAUUAAUUCCGGAAAAUCCAAUUGUUAUUUUAGCAAUCACUGAUUUAGACUCUUAUUACAAUAUUGCUGGACCACAUGGAAAUUAUUUAAAUUAUAUUCAAUCAACUAUUAAACAACCUUUCACUGUUAUGAAACAAUCAACAAUGAAUAAUAUUAAUCUUAUAGAUAUUAUGCAAUGUGCUAAAUCUAUUCUACCUGAUGGUUGGGAAUUAACUACUGAAGUGAUACGUGAUACAGUUUCAAUUCCACCGGAUAAUAUUGACCUGAUUAUAUUUUCAAGACAGCCAAUACAUGAUUCUUCUGAUCAUCAUAUUAAAAUUAAUAUUAAUAUGAAUUCAGUUGAAAUAAAAAAGCGACCAGUAUUUGUUAAUGUUAUAAAUUAUACUAAUCAUGCACAAACUAUUAAAGUACAAUUAUGUGAUUCAAAUAAUCAAUGGUUUGUCCAUAGUGUAGACGAUUUACUACGAAAGGUGAAAUGUGCUUUUGGUUGGUCGACCAAUAUCAAUUUACAAUUGUACACUGCAUUAAAUACUGAUAAUAUAAAUGAUUUAAAACCAUUUGUACAUGUUCCAGCUAAUCAAUUGAUUAAUUUGGACGGAAUCACUUUGUAUGCUUCUGUUUAA